AAAACCACUAAUGCUACAAAGCACUUGUGGGAGACGCACCAAAUCCAGUCUGAAAAGACGACCCUACAGAAUACGCGUAAGCGGGACCGCGCUGAAGGGGUCAACCGCAUUCUAGCGUCCGCGUUAUGCCGUGACGAUGCGAAGCGUUUGUGUUUGUUGCUGGAGACGAUUCGAAUUGUCUACAACAACUUGCCAUUCCGGUUUGGUGAGUACGAAGAGUCAGUCAUUCUGAAGGAAGUCGUCACAAAAGAUGAGUUCAAGACAACAGUGAACUCAAGAACGGUGACAAAUUCACUUGUCGAGUUGUACGCAUCCGGUCGCCAAGAGCUGAUAGGGUUCAUCAGAGACAAUCGUUUGGGACUUAUCAAGUGUUUGACGAUGGUUGUUGACUUCUGGACCCCAAAGCAUGGUGGCGAAAAGUAUCUCGGUUUGCGCAUCUACUUCGUCGACUCCCACUUCCGACUGCGUACUGUACUCCGGUGGAUUUGCGGUAUUCUGUUUGACUUUGGCCUGUCCCCGAGCGACUUCUUCGGCUCCACCACUGACAGCGGCCCCGACGUUAAAUGGACGAUGAACGAAGGGCUUCGAUUGAAGUGGGAAUGGUGCAUCCCUCACAAGGUGAACGCUGCCACCAAGAUGGCCUGCGGCUUGACGCGAAAAUCGCACAAUCCCGAGAUGUCGGCGUUGCUAAACAAGCUAUCUCAAACGGUGUACGACACCUCCACCAACUCGACGCUUGGCGAUCUGCUUCCCAUGCUGAUGAUAAUGUUGGGGGAAGGCAAUGGUACCCAACUAGUAGGCUACAAGCCGCAUCGCUUCAUGGGGAUGGCAGCCACGAUGGAGCGGAAGCGAGCGCCACCAGGGUUUCACCUUGCCGGUUGUCAACAGCAUUUGGUGCAGCUAUUAUCAAUCCUUACACCGAUUCUUCUCGUGACGAAGCGAUCACAGGCGCAGGAUACGAAUCAAGUGCAAGUCCUGCUGUCCUUGUAUACGAUGUGCAUGACUUCUCUCGCACUUGACAGCCCCAUCAGGCGCUACGACACGGCUCCGUCGAACGCCGUCAAUAUUCACCCUUUUCAACUAACAUCGCUGGUGGCGAGGACAAGGAUGCUGCUACAGAAGGCGUUUUACCACAACUUCUUCCGCCGAUAUGUAGACAUUGUAUCCGGUUCCUACAUUUUUGAGAUGCAACUGGUGAUGUAUCCUUCGGUUAAGCACGUGGGGAGUCCGAUGGACGAAGUGAUUGCCGCCGUUGCACGUACUGAAGGGAGAAUGCGGGAUGAUCUUGUUGCUGGUCAUGUUGUCGCCGCCAAUGUUUUCGAUGACGACAUUUUGGCAACCUUUGCAGUUCAACCCUUCCGAAGCACCGAACGACCUGCUCAACAACGUAACAAGCACGAUACUCUCAUCGCCGGUGAGCUGAAAAGGUGGCUAGAAGAUUCGGAUGGGCUGCAGAUGAUAACAGUUCCUGAUCCAGCCAAGACGAGCGUCCGCAGACCGGAGAGUAUCCUGGAAUUUUGGCAUCGGCAGCAGCAGUCCAAGCGCUAUGUCUUGCUACCCAUGGUUGCUCGCAUCCUGUUUGCAGUCCCAUCUUCGUCUGCUCAGAUUGAAAGGGACUUCGGCAACAGUGGGCAAAUGGUGACUGCCCUGCGAGCUUCUACAAGCACGGCUAAUAUCGACAUGGCUUGCUUCCUUCAUCAAAACCGGUCAUUUGUCGAUGUGUGCCAGUGCCCAAAGCUGAAAGCAUCCGAAGUCGACGAACACAUUCCAAGCAAUGUCAAGAUUAACCUGGAACCCGAGGUAGUGGAGCGAAUGGAAUGGAAUCAGCUGGCACAAGCGUGCUUUUCGACAUCAAGCGCAAGCGCAUUUGCUUCUUACAACGAGGAGGAGACGAAAGACUCAAGCUGUUAG